GCAGUGACUUCCACUGCUAGACUAAAGGAAACAAGAAAGAUAAGGAACAAAGCAAAAUACAAGCCUUUUUUGUAAGUUUUUAACCCUAAGCGGAGCAAUUUUUCUUUUGCAAGUGGAAAAGGUAGGGGUGGUACAUUUGCAGACCUUUUCCAUGGAAUACCCCUCAUGUACCUUCUUAACGUGCGAGGAAGCUUUGUGUUUUUCGACUUUUAAGCAUUAUUCUCAUUUUUUUCUUAGAUCAUCAGUAUUCCUCAAAAUAUCGUUUUGGGAAUACUGAAUUCCUUUACUGAAUUACUCACUUUUUAUCAUUAAAGACUAAGCUCCCCUAAAGAGGUUGGAGUGAGUUGGUCUUCAUCAAAGAGGAAAAGAAGGGAACACUUCCCUUGUCAUCUGGAUACUUCAUUGGAACAGGGGCAGAAUGGUGUGCUUGAGGUUCUUGUUAAGCAUGUUGCUGCUGACUCUGGUAGAAGCCGAGAAGCUGUACCACAGCCGGGAUCACUCAGAUAUUCAGCUCUCCCCUGGGAGUCAAGCUGGCCCAAUACUGACUUUUAAGUCUGCAAAGCAAUAUCUGGCUAGGUAUGGAUGGAUUAAGCCUGUAAAUUGGGAGUCAUUGGAGUACCACAAUGUAUUGAUACCCAGAGAAGAAGACCCUGCCCCUCCAGACAUCCUGUCCUUUAUGUCAGAAGGGCGGUCAAUGGGCAGGUACAUCGAUGAACCACCACCCACAGAGCUCACUCCAGACCCAAGCUUCAUCAGUGCUCUCAAGCUUUUCCAGGAGGCCAACAGCCUGCCUGUGACGGGUCUUCUUGACAGUGUCACCAAGGAGGCUAUGAAUAGACCUCGAUGUGGUGUUCCAGAUCACAAAGCCUCACCAGAAGUGAAAGGUCCAGAUAGCUCAAUUGGAGUCAGUGGUAACUCAAAUGCUCUUGCAAGUCACUCCAGUUUUGGCAAUGACACAAUUAUAAAGAGCUUAGACCAGUCAAAUGAUACUAGUUCCUUUAAUUACAACACUAGCAACAGCAUGGGGCCCCACAGGGAGAAACGCUUUCUCCAGAAGCUGGUGGAUUACUCACACAGGAAACGCAGAGCUGCAGACUACAUUGAGAACAACACUAAUGGACUGAGAUUCUCCAAGGCGACUCUUAAAUGGAGGCUUCUUGGGGAGGGCUACAGUGCUUGGCUCCCCAUUGAUGAACAAAGGUACACCCUGAAACAGGCUUUCCGAAUGUGGAGCGAGGUAAUGCCCCUAAAUUUUGAAGAGGACCUAACCUCCCUGGCCAGUCAGAUUGACAUCAAGCUGGGCUUUGGAACACGAAGGCACCUUGGCUGCUCACAGGCAUUCGAUGGCACAGGGCAGGUAUUUGCACAUGCCUGGCACUUGGGGGAUAUACAUUUUGAUGACGAUGAGCAUUUCGUGCCACCCAAGAGCGAUCAAGGAAUAAGCCUAUUAAAGGUGGCAGUGCAUGAAAUAGGCCACGUCCUGGGACUGUCCCAUAUCAACCGGCUAGGCUCUGUAAUGCAGGCCAACUACAUCCCUCAGGAUUCUAAUCUAGAACUUGACUGGAUGGACAGGAAGGCUAUUCAACAGAUAUAUGGUGCCUGUGAGAACAGUUUCAGCACAGUUUUUGACUGGGUCUACAAAGAGAUGAACCAGUUUGGAGAGCUGGCUUACCGCUACAACACCUACUUUUUCCGGAACAGCUGGUACUGGAUGUACGAGAACCACAGCAACAGGACUCGCUAUGGUGAUCCCAACCUACUAGGUGUAGGCUGGCGUGGGAUACCGUCCACGGACAUUGAUGGAUUUGUCCACAUUUGGACAUGGAAUAAAGAUUACACUCUUUUCUUUAAAGGGACGCAGUACUGGCGGUACGACAGUGAGAAUGACCAGGCUUAUACUGAAGAUUCUCAGGGAGGGACAUACCCUAAACUCAUAAGUGAUGGCUUCCCAGGAAUCCCCAGCCCCAUCGACACUGCCUUCUUCGACAAACGGGACCACAACAUCUAUUUCUUCAGGGGAAACAAUGUCACUGCCUUCAAUGUCGACCUCCAUAGCAAAGUCGCUGGCUACCCCAGGCGGAUUGCUGAUGUUUUCCCUGCGGUAGUGAUUGCCGAUCACCCAGUGGGCAACCUGAAUGCCGCCUACUUCUCUUAUUUCUACCAGGCAAUCUACUUCUUCAAAGACAGGGUCUUCUGGAAGGUGGUGGAUGAGAAGGAGAGGCUGGCCAACCCAGCUCUGCCAUACAAUGGUCUGCUGCCUCACCACAGGAUCAGUGAGCAGUGGUUUGACAUCUGUGAUGUUCACCCAUCCAUGCUCAACAUGGUUUCAACCAAUACAGCUAAGACUUAAAAAUCCAAGAAGCAAUGAAAGCAUUUCAAGUCUGGCCCAAUCUGGCAUCAAAAGAUUAUUGAAAGUCAGGUUUUAGUGGCGAUCAGGACCUAAUUAGUACUUUGGGCAGUGUUGCCAGGUCCGUGGUUUUUCCGCAGAAUUGGGCUACUUAAAAAAUACAGCCGCUGGAAAUAUUAAGGAGUCACUGGUUGAUAAUGUAAUUAGAUUGGUGCUAUAACUUUAAAAGAUUGAACUGUUUUCAUGUUUGCAAUAUUGUUUGGGAUACAGUACCAGCAUUAGUAUUUCAAUAAAAGGGAUCACGCUGUAAUUCGGUUGCUAGCCUGGUAUGAAUGUUGAUUUGUCCCUUCAGAGCUUCUGUACGAAUUUGUUGAUAGUGACCUGUGGAUGAGCUGUACUGGGGCUUUUAUCAAAUUUAUACUAGGUAUCUUUUCUUACGAAAGCUUUUGAUUGUUUUUUUUUUAUGGAUAGGCCUACCUGUUAAUAAUGAGCUUUCUUUCAGUUAAAACAAAUAAUUGGGCUAUUUUGGGGCUCUUUUUGAAGUGACUUUGGGCUAUAACCCUGCAGAAAUCUGGCAGCCCUGACUUUGGGACAGAAAUACAAGCUGUUGUGGGGUGUGGUGUACUGGUGCGGAACGGCUGCUGUAAUAUGUGCUAUUAUUAACUGUAGUUGUCUGUAAUAGAGCUGCACCUCAGUAGUUGGUGGUAUACUGUUUGCUUAGCUCUUAUGUGGCAUUGGAUUAGAUUCUCAAAGCUAUUUACUCCUAGAGUGCAAUUUUUUCUGAAAUAAUAAUACAAAAAAUACAGCAAUUACAAUGAAUAAAACAAGGCAGCCUACAAAAUGCUGUUUGGCAGCCACGGGCCAAACUAAUGGGCUUUGCAUUUUCUAUUGGGGUUUGCAUGUACUGGUUCUGAGCCUUCUAUUAUCAGGUAAUAAUGGUGAAAGCAAGGCUUAGCGUAGUAGAACAUGGAGAAGUAUUGUAAGGCAGAAUGAUAGUCGCCCUCCAAUUAAACUUACGUAAGAACAAUAGUGAUAUUCUUGUACUUUUUUUUAUUUGAUCUAAUUAAAUAGCUCAACAUUAAUGAGUUGUGAAUUUUCCAGAAUUACAGUAAUUACAGGAAAGUGUGUGUUGUACAUUUUCUGUUUACUGUCAGUAUGCUGUAUGUGCUAUUUACUUGUGGUACUGUGCAAUUCUCUCAUUUAAAUCUGAAACAAAAGAGUUAAGACAGUUUGACAGUGUAAUACUUGCAAAGUGUAGACCACUGCUCGUUCUCUUUGCAGAUGCUGACCGUGUGAAAUGAAUGGUGAUGUGCUAAUGCUGGUUUUGAUGGCCUCAUUAUAUAUGUUUUGUCUAUUUGUGUUUGUAUGUGUGUGUUGUGUUUUUUUUAUUAUUUUGUUAAUUAAGACAUCUUAUCCUUACUUUGACGAAAACACAUACUGUAUAUGAUAGUUAGGAAAGCCUUGAUAAAAACAGUAAAUAUAUAAUGUCCCCUGAACUACAAGAAGCAGUCACUGUCUCUGAGGAGUAGAUCUGUGCUACAAAAACUGUAAGCUGAGUAAACCUCAGAAUUGUAUUUUUCUGUCAAUGGCAGUACAUUGAAUAAGCAGCCAUAAACAUUGCUUCAUUUUGGUGACUGCUGGUGCUGGUUCACUGUUUAUGUAAAGCACAUGGUUUAAACUAUUAAAACUAUACUCACAAUAACAACUAUCGUAAUACCUACAAACUGCAAAACAUAUUACCUCAGUUUCUGUGUAUUAGCUGCAUGUGGAAUUCUCACAAUGACCUGUCACUUCUAAGCUGUUUUGACACUGCAGGAGCAGACUUAUUUAAUUUAAUUUUAAUAUUUCUGUAACAGUGUUUACUGUUGUUAGAACUUGACAAGUGGCUGACAAGCCGUGCACUUAACUGUAUGUAUACAUCUUUAUGAAUAAAUGAAUUAGUUUUGAAGCCA